AAAAAUAAUGUGAAAAAUAAAUUGCUUUAAUAAGUUGUAAGUUCGACCAAUCGGUGGUUAUUAUCAAUUAUCAAACCGUCGUCAUUAUCAUUUCCACUACGGCGUGCAGUAGUUGUUUGCCGUCCCUCCAACCAAACCCUAAUUCUUCACGAUCUUCCGAUUCCUCAAUCAUUUAACUCACGACUAGCAAUCGAUUGAACUAAAACCAUCGAAGCAAUCAAAACCCUAAAAAUCUCCCACUUUUCGAAACUCCAGUUGAUAAUAAACCCUAAUGGCUGAUGAGAAAGAGGUGAAGGAAGUAGUGGAGGAGAAGAAUGAUGACGUGGAUAAGAAGAAACCGAAGAAGAAGAAGGGGAUUUUGUCUCGGGUUUGGAAUGCAGUGUUUGGAUUACGUGGUGAUGAUUUUGAGAAGAGGUUGCAGUAUAUAUCUAAAGAAGAGGCCACUCUGCAUUCUAGGUUGAAAAGGAGAUCUUUGAGGUGGAGAACAACUGCCAGAAAUUUAGUUGUUUUUUCUAUUAUUUUUGAGUUGGUUGCGGUGGGUUAUGCUAUAAUGACCACGAGAACAGUAGACAUGGAUUGGAGAAUGAGAUCGGUGCACGUCUUACCCAUGUUUCUUUUGCCUGCGUUAUCGUUCGGCUUAUAUUACGGACUUUCAAGAUUCACUAAGUUUUGUGAUCAAAGGGAUCAGAAAGCAUUAGAGAAGCUUCAAGAAGAAAGGCAAGCAAAAAUCGAUGAACUUAAAGAGAGAACUAAUUACUACAUCACUCAGCAACUCAUUCAGAAAUAUGACACGGAUCCAGCAGCAAAAGCAGCUGCUGCAUCUGUUCUUGCAUCAAAAUUGGGUGCAGAUUCGGGGAUGAAAGUAUUUUUUGCAGACGAAUCACAACCAAACACAUAUGACACCGGGAAAAGCAGCGAUGUUGAGCUUCAACAGUCGAGUGGUCUCAGGAAACGAAAUCAAUCAAACCUUAAAUCUUCUGGAAGCAAUGCGAGCCAACAAUUUGAUAACGUAACUCCUCAGUUUGGAGAAAACGAGGUUUCUGGGAAUUUAACACAUGAUCAACUUGUUGUUGAGCAUCAUAAUCCUGCAGAUUCGGCCACCCAAGAUGGCGGUUGGAUCGCUAAACUUGCUGCAUUGCUUGUGGGAGAGGAUCCCAUGGAAUCUUAUGCACUUAUAUGUGGAAAUUGCCAUAUGCAUAAUGGUCUUGCUAGAAAAGAGGAUUACCCGUUCAUCACUUACUAUUGUCCGCAUUGUAACGCCUUAAAUAAACCAAAGAAUUCGGUACUUCCUUCAGAUGCAAUAGCAAGUGCGGAUGUUAAGUUGACUGAAGAUGUUAACGAGUCAACGGUUGAGAAAGUAUCUGCCGCUAGCAGUAGCACCGUAGCUACACCGGAAGAGAAGGAAGCAAAUGAGAAAACGGCGGCAGCAUAGAUGUGUGUGGUUGUAAUGGUUUUCAGUGCUUGGAUUUGUUGUGUAAGAAAAGGAAUUUUGAUGUUGUAUCACUAGUUCACUAUAGUGGGACCCAUUGUGUUGAUAUAUACAGUGACGAAUAUGAUAUUAUGAUUAAAGGAUACACGUUCAGUCAA